GGCGAGGUAGCAGCGAUGUAUUUAUUUCUUGGAGAAAGAGUUGGAUAAUUUUGCUUAUUUACUAUUCUGUCGCUGUAGGCCUUGUAAACCAAAGUCCUUUUCUACUUUUAUCGUACUACCAAGGUCAUCACGAUGACGUCCAAGAUGGAGCUCGACUUGACUGCUUCUGCACGACCGAUUUGGCUGGUCAAGGUUCCAAAAUAUGUUGCACAGCGGUGGGAAAAAUCUGAGAAGAAUGGACACAUUGGAAAGAUACGAGUCGGGAAGAAGUUUGGUAAGCCCGAUAUAUCACUGGUCAUGGAUGAAUCGGUAGCGAAAACCAAACUAACCCCGGAUGACCCCGAUAUACCGGCGGAACACAAGAUGCAGGUGAUGAGCGCCCUCCCUGGGACAAUGAUGGUCUACUCACAAGGGGCUACAGAUAAAUUAUCUGUGGAAGGAAAGGUUGUUGAGAGAUUAGAAUGCAGACCAGUCGGAAGUGAUUCAUACAUGAUGAUGAAAAGGAAGCAAAUAGAGCUGGCACACAAGCCCACCAAGGUCACACAACAAAUCAAAGUUAGGCAUGUCAAUGCAUACAAGCCUAUUGCUAGACAUAAAAACCUUGCUGAGUAUGAGAAAAAGAAGAAGGAAGAAGGGAAGAAGCCCCGUCUGGAGAAGGAGAAGUUGAUGGACAUCUUGUUCUCUGCGUUUGAGAAUCACCAGUUCUACCAGCUAAAGGAUUUAUCUAGGAUAACACAACAACCUGUGCCAUUCCUGAAGGAGGUCUUGCAAGAGAUCGGCAUCUACCACCAGCGGCAGCCACACAAGUACAUGUGGGAGCUCAAACCAGAGUAUCGGCAUUACAAGUCACAGGAUAAUGAAAUGGACACCUCCUAGCAUUUUCUUGAUGACGAACUGUGAACACGGACUCGAACUGAUGAAUAGAUCGCUAUCAUUCUCAGCCUUCAAAUUGGCAGUGUGGGACUAGUGAAGGAAAAAAAAAUAUUUUAAGAUGUUCUCACCAAGUAGGUUACUUUUAUUAUCCUUAGAAAAGGAUAACGAGAUGGACGCCUAGCAUUUUCUUGAUGGAAAAUAGCGAACACGGACUCAAAUUAAAAAAUAGACCACUAUCAUUCUCAGCCAGCAAAUUGGCAAAUUUAGACUGGUGUGGAAAGAAAAAUAUUUAAAGGUCCUAUGAAAUACAGCAAAGAUGCUGACUUAUUCGUUAGCUUAGUGGUUACUAAUUACGAUUCCAUCAAAAUUUUACCCGAAAAAGCAUCCCACAUCAGGUUCUAAGGCAGUUUUAUAUUGAAAAUUGAGCCAAAUUCGCCCCGCCCACAAAAAUUCGGCCAGAUUUGGUUUUGUAUAUAUCAUGUGACAAUUAUUACGUCAGGGAAGGAAGCUGCUCAGUGUUGUUGACGUUUGGAGCGUGAAGUGCCUAUUGUGGUUGCACGUGUGGAUCCAAAGUAAAUAAAUUGAAUUGCUGGAAUAAUGUUCAGAACCUGAAUCUUCAAAGUCUGAAGAAUCAGACACACCUGAUGACGAUGCUGCAGCCAUGAUCAAAACCUCAUAAAAAUCUAAAAAAAUCUGUUAAGGAUGAGCUUGCUUGGUCGAAACAGCAACUACACAAGGAACGUGUACAAUAACUAGGGGUCCGGCUGCACAGCUGGGAAAGCCUUCCUUCGAUGACGUCACAAUGAUUGACAGGUCGAUCGGUCGGACACU